AGUUGAAAACGUUGAGUGUUUUCGACAUUUGGACGUGGUGCGGUCGUAUCGAAAAAUUGUAUGCGGAACAAACGCACCGGAGAAUAAACAGCUAAUACAAUACUGAAAAAAUAUAGUGUAAAAGCCUUUCAGCGCUAUUUUUAAGCGACGAAAAUAAAUUUAAAGAAAAAAUCUCUGGGACUUUUUUUCUGUUUUAAUACUACGUUAGUUUUAUACAUACAUAAGUACGUCGUUCGAAAAGAAGUUUGAAAUUUGUUCCAUACGAUAGACGUACCAAGCAAUUACACUGCGCAAUUAGCAACAAUAACCACCAUGUAUAAUAUCUACAAAAAAGCAUCGACAACAACAACUAGUUGGAUAUCAAGGUCUUCGUCCGGCUCAGAGAUGACGGCAAGCAAACGGCGCGUGGCUGGUGGCGUUUCUACCGGCCUAAUAUCUUCACAUGCGACCAGUGGUAGCAGAAAGUUUUUACUUGCAGUCGCUUGUCUGUUUGUCCUGUUGGCCAGCGCCAAUUGUGCUGCAGAUCAGAUGUUGGUAAACAAUGUCGUCCGCUGAACUGUUACGGAUUUUGGUUUUUAGUACUACAAGCGUGUACGGAAGAAAAGUGAUUCAGUAAAUGAUAACAACAACAAGAGCGGCUUAUAACAAGGAAUGCACAGUUGUUUAUUUAUUGAUAACUCUCUUCUGGAAUUAAUUUCAUAAAAUACAGUUUUGUUGUUUUUUAAGUAUGCAUGUACGACAAAUAAAAAAAAAUAAAUU